AUGUCCGCUGUUAAAAACGAAAGCGCAUCUCCUUCUCGUUCAAAUUCCAUUCCACCAUACAUAUCUGACUCGGAACCCGAAUCGGUUUCACUUUCUCCGCCACGAGAUGAUGGAAGUAGUCAUGAUGAGCGCGAGUUUAUGAGUGGAUAUACUCGUUCUUCGUAUCGAGAUGGACGUGGAUAUAGAGGUUCUUCUGGCCAUAGUCGGGUUGAACGACCGGGUGGAGAUGAUGAUGAGAAUGAGAAUGAAGGCGAGGAUGAGGAUGACGAAGGUCUGAAUGGAUAUGGGGAUGGGUAUGGUGGAAGAGAGGAUGAUGGAGAAGAUGAUGACGAGGAGAGAGAUGACAACGAGGAGGACGAAAACGAGAACGAAGAUUCCGACCAAGAAAUUAAAAACGAGGAUUCAUCAGAACCAGAACUCGAACUCUCAAUCGAGAUUGACGACAUGCAAAUGAACGUUCCCCAUACCCAACAAAUCCUACUUUCAGACAUGGAAGGUUCAGAACACGAACUCGAAUCCGACAGAAACUCUACCGCAUCUGAAGAUUGGCGCAACAUGAACUUUACCCAAGAAGAUGAAAUUGCUACUCUCACUCUUCCUACCAAAGAAGAAAUUGCGGCUACCGUUGAAGAGGAACUUCAAAAGCAAAUAUAUAAAUCUGUUCAGGAGGAGAAAAUCCGUCAAGAUAUGGCUGCUGCCAAUAAUAGACCUGCUCCUGAUCCCAGUCCCACCAUUCGAAUUUUAGCCAUCGGAACAGAUAUGUGCGAGGAAUUUAUGGAAAGCAUAUGUCCGGAUGUGAAAUUAAUUGGAAUAGGAAGAUUGGAUGGAUGGAUGUUUUGUGUUGAUGAGAAGGUUGAGGGAGUAUGCUGUUAUCGAAAUAUCGUACCGGAUUCGGACUUGAUGAAUGAGGAAGAAGAAGCAGAGUAUAAUACUGUUGAUAAAGUCGUCUAUGGAUUGAUAUGGGAAAUUCAUGAAAGUACACUUUAUACACUUCUUGAGAUGAAUAAGAAGGGAUGCGAACCUCAAUUUGGAAUGGCGCGAGUGGAUGUUGUUAAAUUGGAAUGCGAAAGUUUCGGACGCGCGUUUGGGAUGGGGUGGGGAUUGAAGAGGGGAUUGAAGGAGGUAGGGGUGGAGAAGGAUGUGGUGAUUUUUACGGGAACACCUGGGGGCAUGGGAUUGGGCGAGGGAUAUAAUGAGGGGGUUAAUAGGGGAAUUAUAGAGGGGUGUAUGAGAGGGAUUCCGGAUGAGUGGGUGGAGAGUGAUGUGAGGAUUUGGGUGCAGUAUCCUUAUGUUCCAGUACCGAUGAAGUAG